AUGCAUCCUGUGCUGGAUAGAGAGCAUUUUAUGAAAUGCGAAGACUUGAUAGACGCUCUAGAAGAAUGUCAUAGAACGAGUUUCUUGGAGAAGGCCUUUGGGAAAUGUAAUAUCGUUAAACAAGACUUGACCAACUGUUUGCAUGAAAGCCGCCUUGCAUCUGAGCGAGAAAAGAUAAAGGAAAAGCGCAAGAAGGCAAAAGAGUUUGAGAUGAAGAAGAAGAAACUCGAAGAAGAAGAGUACGGUAAGAACGCAUAUCUCAAGAAAGUUAUUGAGAUUGAAUACGAGAAGAAGACCAAAGCUGGUCACUAG